AUGUCGUUAUCACGUGGUGUACAGGCCAGCGAAUUAUGUCUUUAUGUUCAAGAGAAAUGUAGUUCCAUAUUUGGAUCUAAGUUUUGGGAUUGUCGGUUGGCAUGUGCUGUGGAGUAUGGUACAAAAUCAGAUAAAUUAGAAUAUCGCAUUUUUGUACUGACUAAAUUUCGAGUUUUUAUACUACACGGGAAAACACCAUCUUCUUUGAAAAUUGACCGAACUUUUCACAUUUUAUCAAUACGUGUUAUUCAAGUUGUCAACGAUCAUGAAGUCUGCUUUAUUCUUGAUGAAAGUUAUUUGGCUAAAAGGCGGAUUUUUAUUCGUUUGGAAAAUGGUGCCAAAAACAUUGCUGUUUCUGUUUUGUCGGCUUUUAAACAUUAUUUUCCAGACAUCACACAAAAUUUCAGGAAUUUUAUUGAAUUAUUACCAGCUGAGCUAUUUGAUGAAUUUCAAUUUCUGCCUAAUAGCCGACCAUAUCUACCGUGUCAUAAUUUCCGACGAUCUUAUGCUGCUCUUUGUGAUUAUUAUGAUUUGCCAUUUCGAGAUGAAGUUGUUUGGGAUGUUGAGAAGAUAUAUGCCACCCACGGAGUUCAUAUUUUAAGGUUGGAUGAUUUUACUCAUCUUCUUUCACGAGACUUACUGCCUAUCGUAGCUGUCUGUCAGUACUCGUGCUACUUUACGGGCUUAUGCGUAGACGAUAUUAAAUUAGGUGCAGAACUUGUGGAUAUUAUUUUGUCAGUUAUUCGUAAUUCACGCUGUCUCAAAGUGCUUAUUCUUCGUAAUUGUUCACUUCCGAAAGAUUUUAUUGCCUCGUUUACUUAUGCUGUACAAAGUAACAUUAUGUCCUUGGAGGAAGUCGACUUUUCAAAAAAUCUUUUGGAGGAUAAAAAGGGCUUUGUUAGUUUGUCGCCUGUUCUGUCAAAAAUGACAUCUCUUCAGUCGCUGACCUUUUCGGACUGUGCAAUGUCAGAAAAGAGCAUCAAUCUUAUUUGCUAUGGAAUAUUGCAAGGCAUUAAAGGAAAGGCUUCUAUUGAUUGCAAAUUCCUCACAACACUUGACUUUUCGGGAAACAAUUUGAAAGAUGAUAUUAGUGAUUUACUGCAAUUGCUAUCGUUGUGUACUAAUCUUCGAGUUCUAAAUCUUUCCGGAACUAGUCUUAAUAUUGAUAGAUUAUGGGCUUCUCUCAUUUAUGGAGGUUUACAGCUGGAAAUAUUGAAGCUAGCGAGUUGUCAGACUGGUCGUCGUAGCAAAGAAAAUGCGCAGCAAAUGAAAGAAUAUUUUUCUACCGCUGCAUUGCUUCUUGGUCUUGCCAGCAAUCAACAAUUAAAACCACUGAUUCUGUGUCUCAAUGGAGUUUGUGAUAGGAAUUCAAUAACAGUUUUGGAGACAUGUCUUAGUGGAGUAAAUGUUUCAUCAUUAUCAUUGAAAGAUAACAAUUUGGAUGUAGAGUUGUUGCCUGUUGUCAUAGCAGCCUCCCAAAUGCGUUAUCUCACGAAAUUAGAUUUGAGUGGCACAAAUUUCCCAAAUUGGAAGCGAGGUUCAAAAAACUUAAGUGCGGUAUCUAACACUUUGCUAGAAAUCAUCAAGCUUGUUGGUGAGGAUGACUCAAGGUUACAUGAUCUAUCAAUAGCAGAUUGCCGACUGGGAUCUCAUCUUAGCAUAUUGUUAAAUACUUUGGGUGUUGCAUCUUCUUUGCAGUCUCUUGAUAUAAGUAAUGAUAUGGGUAAUUUCGGAGCUCGUCUUCUUGCAAAAGCGUUGCAGAUCAAUUGCUCUUUGAAGAAAAAAUCAGAUCACCGGAAUUCAACGCUUCUUUCUCUUCCGUUUCCUGUUAUUGAUGUUGCAGAAUCCUUGAAUCGAGCAGAUCGCACAAAAACACUGGCAGCUCUAACAGAAAUCGAAUUAUGUAUAGAAAAAAAUCGUGCGGGGCGUAGUCAUUCAGAAAAACAGUACAUGUGUUCGAUUUUAGCUUCAAAGCAGGAGGUAGGGACUUGUGAUGACGGAAAUAUAAAAAAUGGUUCGGAAGAACUUAUGCGCUCUUUGAACACAUUAGAUUUAUCUGAGGAGUUGGAUAUUGAAAUGGAAAAAGCGGCUUAUGAUGUUAUGUCUCGUUUGGAUGAUAUUAUGAUCAGUGGAACUGUGCAAAAAAUUGUAAAUAAUUAUCGUGCUCAGUGUAACAGCACAGAAAAAGAUGGUCCUGAAAAUGUGCAGAACAGUGGUAAUGGUUCACCGAAUAUUAACUUAUUAAAUUCGUCUAAGUCAAUCCCUUCAAGAUCGCAUCGACCAAAAUCAGUAAUUACUGAAUUAACCAGUGAUGAGAUAGAAGAUAAGGUAAAUUUGGAUGCGCCUCCUAUGCCAUCAGCUUUAAGUCAUCCAUCAAAAUGCCGUCCAAGGCCGAUGAGAAAUUUCAAGAAUAUCAAGCCACAACUAAGUUUGGAGGAAUUUCAACAAAUUCGUUGUGAUGGUGAAAGUGUUGAUGACUGCGCAGUUUAUGAUAUAGCUGCUAAUGAAUCGUCGAAUUGUUCGCCUCGAGAGUCAGAGAUUGAACAUUCUAAUGAUUUGUCGAUAGUUGAUGGAAAUCGUCCACGUUCGCCAGCUGCUUCGCGUAUUUGUACUACAUUGUUAUCUCAAGAACAUUUUACUGAAUUAAAUGCAAGUAUAAUGGAACCAUCUGCACCACCUCUGCUAACAUCAGCUUCUGUUUCCUCUGCAGUAGCACCACCUAUUGUGCCUAGACGCAAUAAGGCUUGCAUAGCAUUGGUACCUCCAACUUUACCACCGAAACCAGAGCAGAUUGUUGCAGCUCGUCCAGUUAGUUGUUCUGAUGAUGAAAACAGAUCAGGUCGUAAAUCGGUUGCUGAUAUGGCUCGUUUGUUUUCAUCUACGGAUACUCCAUUUGGUCGACGUUCAUGA